AUGUCCAAGAAUUUAGAAAUUGAAACACCGAAUUCUUUUUCUUUCCUCGCUCCACGUUACAGAAACUUGAAUAAUAGUGCAACUUUUAGUCAAGGAGAUUCUUUUUUUGGUUCCUCAACAAGUUCCGCAACAAGGAGACUAACCCUUCUUACACCGUCAAGGGAUUAUGCUAAAUUUAUAAUUGAGAAACUUACUACUAAGAGUCCUUUGAGAGAACCAAAAAGAAUAAAAUUUCUUGAUAAUCUCGACGUAAAAGCCAGUGAUGAUAAAAAUAAUGAACUGCCAGUUGUAAACUUUUUAGAAAAACCUGUAAACGAGGUUAUUAUCAAACCUACUAAUAUUGAUAAACAAAUAAAAAAAUAUCUUGGUCGUAAAUCUCAAGGGAUUCGGAAACGACAACAACUUAUCAAAAGAUUUAACGCGAGAAAGUGUUCGGAUGCGCGUAAAUCGCCAAUUAUUUCAUUGGCAGAGCGUAUACAACAAUUUAUAGAAAAAACUCCAGACAAACUCAAACCAAAGCUUGUGACAAUGAGAUCUACAUCGAAUUAUGUUAAUCUUCCUACAAAAACGAAGUCUCCAUUCUUGCGCACUAAAUUAAGGGCUGAAAGAACCAGAUUGAAGAACAAUGAAAAUGGAAUUAAUAAUAAUAAAAUACAAUCAAAACCGGUUGAUAACAAUUCUGGGCGCGUCAAGAAAACUGAACCUUACAAAUUUAAGGCUCAACCACUUCCUAGUGGUUUACAUGGUGGUUUGCCUCCGUUACCUACUACUGCGACUAAGCCUUUUAAACUAAGGACUGACAUUAGAGGAGAAAAAUACCAACAAUCUUUACGUGAAAAAAUUACAAAGGAAGAUUUACCAUUUCGUGCAAGACCAGCGCCUAAUGUGGUACCUUAUCGUCCGAAAAAAUCGGAUAAACCUAUAACGAAAACUGUUGAAUUCAAACUUCAUUCCGAUGAACGUCUUGAAAAACGUAAGGUAUAUGAUAAACAGAGAAACUUACGUGAGCAAGAAGAAAAGAUACGAAAGCAAAACGAAGAGGAGGAACGUAAUAAACGAGAAAUUCGAGAAAUUCGUCAAUUGAGAGCCGAAUUAGUACACCGUGCUCAGCCAAUCAAAAGGUAUGCGCCCGUCAAAAUAGAAUUUAACAGAAAAGUAACCAAACCCGUUUCACCACUGAUUGGGGAGAAAAGACGUAUAAAAUUACAAGCAUUAAAUGAACCUAAUACGAUGUCGGAGAACGUUUCAACAGCAAAAAUAGUUCCCCAAUCCAAAAAUAAUAAUAGAAAGCUACUAAAAAAGAAUGGAAAGGAAAAUAAUAACUAG